AUGACUAACAACGAUUUGUGUAACAAGAAACAACUUAAUAUGAAUGCUAGGAUUAUUCAACUUCAACAGGUUAUGAGCAGCCCUGGUACGCUUGCCAACUUCAACCAAGCUGACAAACUUUCAGGAAGUGACAAUUAUUAUGAAUGGUUAAGGGUCUUGUCAGUGAAGUUGAGGUCGUCGUCGACUGGUGUGUAUCAAUACUGCAUGCAUGGGGACGUCGGUGUUCUUGUUGAAGAAAAUGAAGAUGACAAAGCAAAGUUAGUUGAGUCAUUAAAUUGUCUCAUACGCUUUAUUUUAGUUAAUAGUGUUACAGGGAAUGCACUUAGAACUGCAAGUGAAUUUACUGGUUCAGGAAGAGACUUAUUUUUACAACUUCAAAAACUUUAUGGUCAAGUGACUAUACUUGGUGCUAUUGAUUUACUUUGUGAACAUCAUGAACAACCAUGGAAGACAGCUGAAGGUAGCAUACUUGCAAACUGUAUGUCUGCUUUCAAUAAAAUUCAUAAUCGUGUUUACCGUCAUUUCACAAAAGAUGCUUAUUUCGUGUUACAACAGUUGGCUGCAUUGAAAUUGGCUGGUAUCCCAGAAAACAAAAUUAAGGAUAUUGUUGAUGACUAUAAUCGAAAAUAUUCUGAUAGUUUUGAAGAUUUUACGAUACAAAAUGUUGAGCCCUUUAUGGUAGCACACAUUAAAGACACGGUAAAACCCAAGGAAAUUACGGCAAAUGCUUUUGUUGCUGAACGUGUGGUGAAGUGCUAUAAUUGUCAGAAACCAGGUCAUAUUUCUAGAAAUUGUCCUGAAUUAUCUCGCAAGUUUCCUUAA